AUGGCAGAUGCAAGCUUUAAGAAGGAGUUCCUGGAAACGCACAAUGCCUACAGAGCACAGCACAGCACAAAGCCAUUGACCUAUAAUGACGAGCUGAAUGCUGCAGCUCAGAAGUGGGCAGAUCACCUGCUUAGCAUCAACUCUCUUGGGCACAGUAACACGAAAGAUGGAGAGAAUGUCUAUAAUAUGUGGAGCUCUACACCUCUUAACCUGACAGGGAAAGAAGCUGUGGAAUCAUGGUACAAUGAGAUAAAGGAUUACAACUGGGGCAGACCUGGAUUUGCUAGCAAUACUGGUCAUUUUACUCAGGUGGUAUGGGCAGAAAGCACUGAACUGGGCGUGGGUCUGGCCACUGAUGGCAAAAAGGUCUUUGUUGUCGGGCAGUACCGUCCAGCUGGUAACAUGAACAUGCCAGGAUACUUUGAGAAAAACGUCCACCCAAAAGGUAACAUAGAUACAAAGAAGAGAACUGCCUACACACACUGGCCACAUGAGACAGGGCAUUGUCCUGCACCAGGAGGAACACAGGGCCCACUGCACGAGUGUAAGUGUGAAUCUGCUGUCAUCUGUGAGGAGAACGGGGCUCCCAUGGCAAACCUGCCAAUUUUGGUGUUCUCUGUCAAAUGGUCAAUCGAGCUGCACGCCUUCAUAGCCACAAGCACAGCUAACACAAUGGCAGGUGCAAGCUUUAGGAAGGAGUUCCUGGAAACCCACAAUGCCUACAGGGCACAGCACAACGCAAAGCCGUUGACCUAUAAUGACGAGCUGAAUGCUGCAGCUCAGAAGUGGGCAGAUCACCUGCUUAGCAUUAGCUCCAUGGGGCACAGUGACACGAAAGAUGGAGAGAAUGUCUAUAAUAUGUGGAGCUCUGCACCCCUUAACCUGACAGGGAAAGAAGCUGUGGAUUCAUGGUACAGUGAGAUCAAAGAUUACAACUGGGGCAGCCCUGGAUUCAGUGGCAAUACUGGUCAUUUUACUCAGGUGGUAUGGGCAGAAAGCACUGAACUGGGCGUGGGUCUGGCCACUGAUGGCAAUAAGGUCUUUGUUGUCGGGCAGUACCGUCCAGCUGGUAACAUGAACAUGCCAGGAUACUUUAAUAAAAACGUCCACCCAAAAGAUGGAGCAGACAACACCACUAGUGAGAAGCCUGGAGCAAGCCCAAAGAAAACCUGCACGCUAUUCGGCUCCGCCGGGAUGCUCGGCUGCGGUCUGCUGCUGGGUGACGAGAGGAGAACCGAUGCAAGCUUUAAGAAGGAGUUCCUGGAAACCCACAAUGCCUACAGGGCACAGCACAACGCAAAGCCGCUGACCUAUAAUGACGAGCUGAAUUCUGCAGCUCAGAAGUGGGCAGAUCACCUGCUUAGCAUCAGCUCCAUGGGGCACAGUGACACGAAAGAUGGAGAGAAUGUCUAUAAUAUGUGGAGCUCUGCACCCCUUAACCUGACAGGGAAAGAAGCUGUGGAAUCAUGGUACAAUGAGAUAAAGGAUUACAACUGGGGCAGACCUGGAUUUGCUAGCAAUACUGGUCAUUUUACUCAGGUGGUAUGGGCAGAAAGCACUGAACUGGGCGUGGGUCUGGCCACUGAUGGCAAAAAGGUCUUUGUUGUCGGGCAGUACCGUCCAGCUGGUAACAUGAACAUGCCAGGAUACUUUGAGAAAAACGUCCACCCAAAAGGUAACAUAGAUACAAAGAACCAAGAACUGCCUACACACACUGGCCACAUGAGACAGGGCAUUGUCCUGCACCAGGAGGAACACAGGGCCCACUGCACGAGUGUAAGGUCUGACAAUCCCUCUGAGGAUUGCAUCCCGGUAUCUAACAGCAGUCAGGUUACUGUUGGCAAUGACAUGGAGUGUGAAUCUGCUGUCAUCUGUGAGGAGAACGGGGCUCCCAUGGCAAACCUGCCAAUUUUGGUGUUCUCUGUCAAAUGGUCAAUCGAGCUGCACGCCUUCAUAGCCACAAGCACAGCUAACACAAUGGCAGGUGCAAGCUUUAGGAAGGAGUUCCUGGAAACCCACAAUGCCUACAGGGCACAGCACAACGCAAAGCCGUUGACCUAUAAUGACGAGCUGAAUGCUGCAGCUCAGAAGUGGGCAGAUCACCUGCUUAGCAUUAGCUCCAUGGGGCACAGUGACACGAAAGAUGGAGAGAAUGUCUAUAAUAUGUGGAGCUCUGCACCCCUUAACCUGACAGGGAAAGAAGCUGUGGAUUCAUGGUACAGUGAGAUCAAAGAUUACAACUGGGGCAGCCCUGGAUUCAGUGGCAAUACUGGUCAUUUUACUCAGGUGGUAUGGGCAGAAAGCACUGAACUGGGCGUGGGUCUGGCCACUGAUGGCAAUAAGGUCUUUGUUGUCGGGCAGUACCGUCCAGCUGGUAACAUGAACAUGCCAGGAUACUUUAAUAAAAACGUCCACCCAAAAGAUGGAGCAGACAACACCACUAGUGAGAAGCCUGGAGCAAGCCCAAAGAAAACCUGCACGCUAUUCGGCUCCGCCGGGAUGCUCGGCUGCGGUCUGCUGCUGGGUGACGAGAGGAGAACCGGUUUCCUGUGA